AUGUUUUUUACCUAGCUCUACGGGUCCGGCGACACUACAAAACCCGGGUAUUUUUCAUCUUCUCGCUGCAUUCUGAGCUGGAUCAGCUGUUUUUCAGACUGUUGAAACUGCUGCUGGCUUAACGCGUUCUUGUCUUCAUCAACUAAACGCCUGUUAGUCUGAUCGACAUGGCGAGUCGUAAGCGAGUCAUAGAGCCAGCUCUGAGCACGGAUGAGGUGUUCAAAACCCCGGAGAAGAGGGUGUCGGUGGUCCGAGGCUCGCAGCCGGACUCGGACUUCAUGCGGUGGGGGGUCGGGGAAACCUGUCAGUACCUGCAAAGGGAAGGCCUUGGAGAAUGGAAUGAUACAUUCAGAGCUGAAAAGAUUACAGGUGUGGGGCUGAGGUACCUCAAGGAUGCAGACCUGGAGAAGAUUGGCAUAAAGCGUCUCGGUGACCGUCUGCGGAUCCUGCACAGCCUCAGCAAACUGGGGCAGAUUGAAGCAGAACUCAGCAAGGUUUUUAAUGAUCCCAUCCACGGCCAUGUGGAGCUGCACCCCCUUCUCAUCAAGAUCAUCGACACACCUCAGUUUCAGCGACUUCGAAACAUCAAGCAGCUUGGAGGGACGUAUUACGUUUUUCCUGGAGCAUCCCACAAUCGUUUUGAACACAGCAUUGGGGUUGGGUACUUGGCUGGACAACUUGUUCAAACCCUCAACGAGAAGCAGCCAGAGCUCCUCAUCUCUCGCAGGGACAUUCUCUGUGUGCAGAUCGCUGGACUCUGCCAUGACCUGGGACAUGGACCUUUCUCCCAUUUGUUUGAUGGUAUGUUCAUACCCAAAGCACGUCCAGGAAUUAAUUGGAAGCAUGAAGCUGCCUCUCUAAAAAUGUUUGACUACCUUGUGGAUGACAACAGCCUGAGGCCAGUCAUGGAGCAGCAUGGCCUGGUGCUGCCAGAAGACCUGGACUUUAUCAAGGAGCAGAUUGCAGGACCGCUGGACAAUAGUUCAGGUCGAGAAGAGAAGUGGCCAUACAAAGGCCGUCCUAAAGACAAGUCCUUCCUCUAUGAGAUUGUCGCCAACAAAAAGAACGGCAUCGAUGUCGAUAAGUGGGAUUAUUUUGCCAGGGACUGCUACCACUUGGGCAUCCAGAACAACUUUGACUAUCGCCGCUUCCUAAAAUUUGCAAGGGUCUGUGAAGUGGAUGGGCAGAAGCACAUCUGCACAAGAGACAAGGAGGUGGGCAAUCUGUACGACAUGUUCCACACUAGGAACUGUCUCCACAGGAGAGCCUACCAGCACAAAGUGGGCAACAUCAUUGAGACAAUGAUCACAGAAGCUUUUUUAAAAGCAGAUCGACACAUCAGGAUUCAAGGCUCUCAGGAACAAAUCUUCUCUCUGUCCACAGCUAUUGAUGACAUGGUGGCCUACACCAAGCUGACAGAUAAUGUCUUUGAACAGAUCCUGAACUCUUCCUCUCAGGAGCUUGCAGAAGCAAGGCAGAUACUGCACAACAUCAUCUGCCGGCACCUCUACAAGUGCCUCGGGCAAACCCGGCCAGACAAAGCCUUGACUGUCAGUCAGGAAACCAUUCUCAGCUGGGAGGCAGAUUUGGCUAAAUCCGCCCCUCAGAGUGGCUCCCUGGAUGUUGUUCUGCAGCCAGAGGACUUUGUAGUCAGUGUAAUAGUAAUGGACUAUGGUAUGAAGGAAAAGAACCCCAUCAAUAACGUGCGGUUUUACUGCAAGGAAGAUCCAACAAAAGCCAUAAAGAUCUGCAAAAACCAGGUAUCUAAACUUCUCCCAGAACACUUUGCUGAACAGCUGAUCAGGGUAUACUGCAAGAAAACAGAUGAGAAGACUGUGGAGGCUGCCAAGAAGCACUUUGUUCAAUGGUGCAUGGACAUGAACUUCUCAAAGCCUCAGGAUGGAGAUAUCAUAGCACCUGAGCUCACUCCUCUGAAACUCAGUUGGCGCAACAACAACGGAGGCGAGGACAGUGACGACAGCAGCUCCAAAGAAACAGAGGUUCUUGUGAAUGGGCUCAAGAAAGCUAAAACUCAGCUUAACUUUAAGUAAAAGGGAGAGAGACAGCAGCCCCUUCUUGCACAUGAAUAGUGAACAAAGAUAAAUGUUAAAUGACAACUGUAUUUUUCUACAAGGUGAGUGUGUUGAUGAGCUCAGUAAAUAGGUUUUUACGGAAAAAAGAAACUACCAUAUAAAAAAAAAAAAAAGAUUGUAGUGAAACAUUUCUUGAAAAGGUUUGUUUCAGAAAAAUAAAUCUCAGUUCAACAUUAUACAUAUUUAUUUUAUUGUUAAUCAUUUUAACGAGGUUUUAUUUAUCACCAAUUCAUUAGGAAGUCGAACUGCCUUUUGUAGUUUUUAAAGCAGAAUCCCCUUAAUCAAAUCCAUCCAUCAUAGUCUAAUACAUUUAAACAGAUCAGCACAUUUAAAUGUUUUUACAUUUUAUUAUUAUUUGAGGUCAGGGGGAAACUAUUUUUUUUUUUUUUUUUUUAGUGUUUUGGUUGAAAUUUUGUUACGUUAUUUAUUGUUUAUCCAGAAAAUAACUCUGCUUGCUCAUCAUAUUUGCCUUGCAGGUCUGAUUGAAAGAUUUAAGUGUUCCUUCUACAUAAUUAUGUAGUGGCCUCAUCAGAUCUUUGUUCAAUUGUGUUGUAAAAAGUUUUUGAAUGUAACUCUUGUAAAGGUUUGAAAUAAACCCUUUUGAAGCGAUUCUGUGUUUUAUAUUGAUUAAAACCAGAGGAACCAUGCAGUCGUCUAAAGCUAAAGACAGAAGUUUUUUUUAGAUUUGCCAUUUUUGGUGUAGCUUCUAGGAAGAGAAAAGAGAGAAAACAUACAGUUAAAAGCUGAAAUAACAGCAAAUAAUGCAAAAUUGGAGAGUAGCAUGAGAAUAUAGCGAAGAGGGUGAAAGUGGUCAUUGUCUCCCCAGCAGCCUAAGCCUAUAGCAGCAUAACUACAGAGAAAGCUCAAAAUAAUCUCAGCCAGUCUAACUAUAAGCUUUAUCUUUUUAUAUUUACCUUUUUUAUUGGAAAAUGAGAAACAUUUUAAAGGCCAUCAAGUAAUAUUAAAGCAGCUGAAUCUGAUUUGCACAUAGCAGCAUAAAUACUUUCUAAAUACGAACAGAUUUCAGCUGGUGUCUCUACUUCCCAUGCCUUUUUUGCAACUCAUUUUAGUUAUGUGUUCAAUACUUAUUUCCUGUGUCAUUCCAGUUAUUUACCCAUUCAUUCAUUUGUGGCUAAUUUGCUGUGCUUUAUUUGUAUGUGCAAAUUUAUUGGGUUCUCUUUGACACCUGAUGUGAAUUUAACGUCAAUGGCCCUAUCAGAAAUAUUUAUACUGAGAAAAAUAUUGACUUGUUCAAUACUUAUCUUAUGUACUGUACAUGUUUUCUCGCAUCUAAUCCAGCUAAUCUGUAAUGCAGUUUGGGAAAUGUUAAAAGGCAGUUCACAAUAUACUAGUUCAGACUUGAAAAUCAUUUGAAUUCAACUGGUACCAUAACUGAGAAAUUAUAGGAUAAUUGUUUCGAAGGACCAACUUCUGUUAUGUCUCUAUUUCCAUCUGCCUUAAACCUGACUUUUUUAAUUUUUACAACAAACUUUUCUCAUAUCUGCUUUUUGUAUUGCAUAACAGAGAAUCUAUAAGUACAAGGUAGACAAACUUAUAAAUUCAAGCCUCUUUUCCUAUUAGAGUCCACUGCACAAGCUAUCUAUUGGAACAAUUUAGUGACUUUAUUGAUAUGAAGCUGUUUUGAUAUUGAUAUGUUCUGUUUACAGAAGAUAUAUAUUCUUUGUUUCCCUGACAAAAACAUUUUACAAAAUGUCAUGCUGUUUGCCAAGAAAGUGUCUUUCCCUUUAAAUUUUACAUUAUAAGCUACAUGUACAUUCAACAAACUUUUGAUUUUACUCCUCCAUCCUGACAGUCAUUGAAGACAGUUUUGUUAAGAAUCAUGAAUGUGUUCUUAUAAUGACAUAAAGUUAAAUACAUAGUGUCCUAUGUGAACAUUAACCUGCUGAGGGACAAGUAGUUGGAAACGAGCCUUGGGCUAUAAUCUGACAUAUUUUCAAAUGCUGUAUUUGUUUAUUAAUAUGCACUGUCCCUGUUUUAAAUCAAUAAAUCCGAAUAUAACUGAA